AGCUUUGGGGGCAGGGCACGCCUUCACCCGUAAGGAUCUGGGAAGAUGUAAUAAGAGUCCUCCCUUCCGGAGGCGCUGUUGGCCACGCGGGUGCCGGGUCCUCCCUGCACCUGCGCUUCCGCCCCGCCCACUGCGUCCCCAGGUGAGUCAACCCGCAGCGGCCCGCCCACCUGUCCGCGUUCUGCCCGCCCAGCCGGAAGCCACCUCCACCGACUGUGCACAGUUCCUGAAGAAUUUGCAGGGAGAAAAGGAGUAGCCACACAGCUUGAAAAAUUCUAAUUGAAUUUGGUUCAAGGACUUGUGCUCUACAACUGCCUGGCAUCUGGGGUCUCUCUGGAGCCUGGGCUUUUUCUGGUAGAAGCCAAAGCUCCUUGAUGUCAUCAGGUCCCUCCAUGAGUGAGGCAAACCAAACCCAAGUGGGGCCCUCAGCGCUCCCCACAGCCUCAACUAUGACCCCUCCACCCAGCAGCGGGGGUCGGGCAUGGCCGGUACUAGUAGGGGUUGUCUUGGGGGCUGUGUUCCUCUCUCUCCUCAUCGCACUUGCUGCCAAAUGCCAUGUCUGCCGCCGAUACCGUGCCAGCUACCAGCAUCGUCCACUGCCCAGGACUGUGGGUGGGGACCGUCCAGUGGUGGGUGAAGAUGAGGAUGAUGAUGGCUUCAUCGAAGACAAUUACAUCCAGCCUGGGGCUGGUGAGCUGGAGACAGAAGGAAGCAGGGACCGCUUCGCUCUCUGAUCUUCAAUCUUUGGACAUUCCCCCUACCUUCCAUCUUUGAUGUUUUAAGGACAGUGGAUGCUAUCUGGGAGUCUCAGAUCUCAGGGACAAAGGUGGCAAGGGCUUAAAGGCUGACCGGGGUGGAAUAAUCCUCCUUUUCUGGUCACUAUCUACCAAAGUGACAAUGACCUGCUCUUGCUCAAUAACUCUCAAUGGCUCCCUGCUUUUCUCAGGAUAAAGCCUAACAACAGAAGAGUAGGGAAGGAAGGCUCUAUGAUCAGGCCUCUGUUGGCCUGUUGGCUUCUUUUUGUGCCUCCCCUACUGUAUUCCCUACUUAACUAAAUGUUUAUUUACCAUG